CCUAAAAUAGGAGGCUUAGGAACCAUCAAAACUAGACAAAAUGAAUUAGCUGCCCUACUCCACUGUAUUUGCUCAGCUCUCUCACUUUGGCAAUGUAAAGUCCCAAAGCUUUAAGCCCUUAAAACCCUCGAAACUCAUACAUCAAUGGCCCUCUUUCUGCCAUCAUCCUUGUUAAACCCUUCCCUUCCUUCUUCUCCUCCCAACAACCAAAACCCUACAAAACCCCAUCCACCCCCCCCGCAACUCAGCACUUUUCGUCCAGUCCCUUUCCCUAUUCCAUCUCUCUCCACUACAUAUUCACCUAUUAUAACUCCAAUUCUAAAACUCAACGAAGAAAACUCUGACCAUACUUCCGAUUAUCUGUUCCCUUCACUUUCAUUUUCCAAUAUUUUAUUCUUUAGAUCAGCAUAUAAUUUUCAGGUUUUUGUUGGGGAAAACGAGCCGGAAGAGAAACUCAUUAGCCGGUUUCGUAGAGAGGUUCUUAGGGCUGGAGUUAUACAAGAGAGUAAGCGCAGAAGAUUUUUUGAAUCUACGCAGGCAAAGAAGAAAAGGAAGCACCGUGAUGCUGCUAGACGAAACCGCAAAAGAAGGCCUCAACCAAAAGCUCUACUAGGGGAUACAAAGGAAACUCUGAAGGAUGCGGGGUAUAAAUCUGAUGAUGAUAAUUGGGACUUCAUUGACGUAGAAUUACCCUAUAAAUGACCUUAUCGAGCAAUGUGAAAACGAAAUGGUCUGAGAAUAAAAGUUUCAUAUAUCAGUUUCUCUUCUAGUACGACGAGCUGCAGCACAGUUCUCACUGAUUUUGCUAUAGAACCUGGCUACCUCUGCAGUUUGGCGUUUUUGUAUAAGCUAACAGGAGUGUAUGACUAUACUGUCACAGAAACAAACUAGUUCUGGCAUAACAGGUGCCCUAAUGUGUUUCCAAGUUCGUAUUAAAGAUCAAUGAAAGGUUGUUGUACAUCUGAUUUUUUAUUUUGGUUCUAACUUUGCAAUAUGUGGUGAUUGUUUCUGAGAGGAUAUUGGUGAACCCCAACAUUUGAUGUUCAAUUUCUGCCAUUCAUUUGUUGCUA